CAGAUAGACAGAUGGAGAUGGCGUGCCUUCCUCUCUGGCCGUGAGGCAUCAAGUGGGGUUCAUGCCCAGCCAGCCGCUUUUCUCAAAUCAGAGCAUUCCUGUCUCUCAGGCAGCUGCAGAGCUUCAGCAGUAUUGCAUGCAGAAUGCCUGCAAGGAUGCCCUGCUGCUUGGCGUUCCAGCUGGAAGCAAUCCCUUCCGGGAGCCCAGAUCCUGUGCUUUACUGUGACGACAGGGAAGAAGUUCGCUGGGGAAGCACAUGGUGAUGGAUGACUGCCGCCACGACCCAAGAAAACAUUUUCAACAGCCAAAUCCCCUCCUCUGUUGCCUGGUCCUAGAGCCAAAUUCUAUAGGAAUCAGUUUGUUUUAACCUCACCACCAAAUUUCCUAAGCUGCAUCCCUUCCCUCACAGAACCUUCGAUGUUCUGCAUGGGAUAUAGGCAUGUUUUACUUACUGGGUGUUUGCAUUUUAGAAGGGAAACGUUUAUUUUCAAAAAACUGAGCAUUUGUCAUUUUCCUAACAUUUUUAUACUCUAAUAAAAUUUGUUUUUAAGAAUUUACAAUUACUAAAUGAAGACAAAGUAUAAAAUUGGGGGAAUAGUUGAUAUACUGAUUUUUUUUUUUUUUUUUUUAAGGAUACCGUUUCAUUCCUUAAUGAGAUAUGGUCUUUCUCUGACAGUAGACUUGGGAGACGCUCCUUAACCAACUGAAAGAACUGAUGUAGCAUUAGGGUGCCCAUCCUGAGGUUGGUUAGAUCUUUCUUUAGUUCCUGUAGUUUACAAUUUAUAAUUGUGUUUGUAGCUCUUAAAAAUAUGCUUAUGCCUUUUUAAAAAAGUUUAAAAUGUGACCUACAUUCAGAACAUUGCAAUUGGUUAAAAACAAAAUGAAACCUAAAAGAAUUAAUGUCACAAGUAUGUUAUUCAGGUGAUGUGCCUUUGAUUUAAUUGGGGAUACUUUUAGAAGGAAAGUUUGUGUUUAUAAUAAUCUUUGAAGAACUUGGAAAUAAAUUUUUUGCCCAAUACAUCAUUUUCCAUGACAACAGUA